UACUCUACUCUCUAUAGGUAGGUAUAUUAUACUCGGUUUGGUUCAAACUUCAAAAAUCAAUUGCACUAAAGAAAAGAGGAAAACAUUACGUUUAGCCUUCGUUUAGCUCUACGAUUCUAUUAAAAUAAAGUCCUAGCCGCCCUAGGCCUAGAGCUGCGCUGCGGAAGUGUGGAGUGUCACAGUGUGUCCACAGCGUUUCAGUGUGUCGCUUUUAGUUUCGAAUUUCAAUUCAAUUCAAUCAAUGUUUUGUGAAUAAAGGCUUGUGUAUGAACAUUGAACUGCGUGUUGUACUAUUUUAAUAAAAAAGUGAAAUAAAUUAUGAGAAACAGAAUUGUACACUGAAUAAUAAUGUGUUGUGCUUCUAAUAGUGAGAAAAUGGUAUAUUUUCCUAAAUAAUCAAAUGUUGGGUCGCCAAUCCUAUGAUCAAAUAAUGUCGUGCUCCGUGCUCCAAUCUUAAUAAUAUAUUAGGAGCCAUUUACACAUGGCGAAAAGUCACGUAGGCAUUAAUAUUUUUUUCAAUACGGAAGAUUAAACAGCGUGUUAUUUUCUUUUGUUGUGAAACGUUUAAAUGAACAUAUAACAAACAUGGAUAGCAAAAAUAUACAAAAAAAUGCCAUGCAGAAGAGCGCCGAAUUUACUUUCACUCCACCGCCCUUCGCCCCCAUAUUUGAGCCUACGGUCGAAGAAUUCAUGGAUCCUCUGGGAUACAUCGCGAAAAUUCGUCCUGUGGCGGAAAAGACUGGCAUAUGUAAAAUAAAGCCUCCAUCCUCCUGGCAGCCACCAUUUUCGCUUGAUGUCGAUAAAUUAAAAUUCGUUCCACGAAUUCAAAAAGUAAAUGAGUUGGAAGCCAUAACUCGCCUAAAACUAUUGUUUCUGGAAAAAAUAUUGAAAUUUUGGGAUUUACAAGGCUCACCGCUAAAAAUUCCCAUGAUUGAAAACAAAACACUAGAUUUGUAUUGUUUAAAAUUUUGGGUGGAUGAAGAAGGUGGGUUUGAAAAUUGCAAUAGUCCAAAGAAAUGGCGAAAGAUUGCUGCAAUAAUGGGCUACAGUCAGAGUGCAAUUACAAUGAAUUUUCUUAGGAAUAAUUAUGAAAAGAUUCUUCUUCCAUAUGAAAUAUUUGAAAAGAGCAAAGCAGAUAUUUUAAAAACUGUAAAGAAGGGCGAACCUAAAUCUGAAACUAAAAUUGAAGGUGAAAAUGGGCAAGAAAUGUUUAAAGAGAUAUGCAUAGAAUCUAUAAAAAAGGAGACUGACAAACCACAUUCAAGUAUCAAAAAAAUGAAAACAGGCUCAGACAUAAAACUGGAUCCUGACUCUCCAAAAAUAGAUGCAGAAGAAGUAAAGCGCACUAGGGAGUUGAGAAGACUAGCAUGCUACGGACCUGGCCCAAAAAUGCCAGGCCUCAAUGGUGAGGAGUUUGACAUAACUAAGUCCCGAAAAAGACCUAGAUAUGAUUUGGAUCCUUUAGCAAUAUACAUUUGUGCUAUCUGCCAGAAAGAUGAUAGAGAUCAUCUGCUCUUAAUAUGCAAUGGAUGUUCAGAUACUUACCACACAUUUUGUCUAAAACCUCCAUUGACUAUGGUACCGGACGGUGACUGGCGGUGUCCGUGUUGUAUUGCUGAAGAAGUUCACAAACCAGCUGAAGCCUUUGGAUUUGCCCAGGCUGAAAGGGAAUAUACUUUACAGCAAUUCGGAGAAAUGGCAGAUAAAUUUAAAUCUGACUACUUUGGGAAGUCUGGCCACUUAGUUCCUACAAACGUAGUAGAAAAAGAAUUUUGGAGGAUAAUAUCUUCUGUUGAAGAGGAUGUAACUGUAGAAUAUGGUGCUGAUCUGCAUUCUAUGGACCAUGGCUCAGGAUUUCCUACCAAGUCAUCACUAAAUUUAUUUCCAGGCGAUCAGGAAUAUGUAGAUUCAGGUUGGAAUUUAAAUAACCUUCCUGUAUUAGAGGGUUCUGUUUUAAGAUUUAUAAAUGCAGACAUAUCUGGUAUGACAGUGCCAUGGAUGUAUGUAGGAAUGUGUUUUUCUGCAUUUUGUUGGCACAAUGAAGAUCACUGGAGCUAUUCAAUCAAUUACUUGCAUUGGGGUGAAGCUAAAACUUGGUAUGGAGUGCCAGGUAGUGGAGCUGAGCUCCUAGAGAACGCUAUGAAAGCGGCAGCCCCUGACCUCUUCAAAUCACAGCCUGAUUUGUUGCAUCAACUAGUAACAAUAAUGAAUCCAAACAUAUUGAUGGCAGCAGGAGUGCCAAUAUACCGAAUAGAUCAAAAUGCUGGAGAAUAUGUUGUAACAUUUCCUAGAGCUUAUCAUGCAGGUUUCAAUCAGGGUUACAACUUUGCAGAAGCUGUAAAUUUUGCACCUCCUGAUUGGCUUAAAAUUGGACGUGAUUGCAUACUACAUUACAAAUACUUAAAAAGGUUCUGCGUUUUUUCACAUGAUGAGCUCAUUUGCAAAAUGGCAUUGGAAGGUGAUCGUUUAGAUUUAGAGACAGCUUUAGAAACACAGAAAGAACUGGUUAAUGCUACAGAAGAAGAAGGGCGGCUAAGAUCUUUAAUGUCAGAAAGAGGAUUGAAAAAUGUUCGUCGGACAGCAUUUGAAUUACUAGGUGAUGAUGAACGGCUGUGUGAAGUUUGUAAAACGACAUGCUUUUUGUCCUCUGUCUCAUGCUCAGAAUGUAAGCACAUGGCUUGCUUGCAACAUGCACUCUCUGAACAGUUCUGUUCCUGCUCCUUAGAAAAGAAAACUUUAUUUUAUCGUUACGACAUGGAUGAAUUACAUAUUAUGUUGCAGACAAUUGACUUCAGAGUGAACAGUUUUGACAAAUGGAUGACUGACACUAAAAAUAUUCUGUUGCCGACCGCACCUGACAUUGGUAGACUUCAAAAAUUCAAAGUUUUGGUUGACGAAGCAGAAGAGCUUAAAAUACCCAAGUGUUCUCUUCUGACACAGCUGAAGGAUGAAUACUCAAUAGCAUCUAGAAAUGCUGAAACAAUUGUAAUAGAACUAGACGACGACUGAAAUAAUGCUUAUUUCAAUUGACUGAGCAUUAGUACAAAGUAUGAAAUUGAUUUAUUUUAAUAUGAAUGUAUGUGAGUGAAAGCGCUUGGUUAUAAAUAAAUAAUACAGUAAUUCUUAUGUCAUCACAAUUUAUGGCAGCUUUAUUAAAGUAAUCAACUAUUUCUGAUUAGCAUCAACAUUUAAUUAUAUGUAUAUAUUGGAGAUAUAUAACAAUUUUUUAUUGUAUAUUAUGAUGUUCUGAAUUUGUAAUAUUUUCAUCUAAAAAUGAAUGUGGUUAUAUAUUUUAAUAUCAACAUCUUACAGAACAUAUCCCACCGUUUGUUCUAUAUUUGUAGUUAAAAGCAUGAAGCGAUUAGGUUUAUUUUAAUAUUCAAUUUUUUAAAUAUGUAAAAAUUUCAACAUUUUACUUGUUUUUAAAUUUGAUCUCAAAAACUACCACUGUUAGAAAACAGUGCUAUAACAUGUUAGUCUUGUCAGACCUCUCUGAUUUUUAUGUUUUAGACACAUUCUUGUUGCCUUGCCUGUUGCGUUGAGUUAAAUUUCAAUGUAAAAGGGCCUUAAGAUGUGUGGUAGUCAAAAUAAUUUGAAGAUAAAUUUUAUAUAAAAUGUACCAUAGGAAACUGUUUAUACAAUAUAUUAAAACAAUCUAUAUAACAUUGCAGAGCUUCAAAUAUAACAGUUAGUAGGAACUCUAUGAGUAUAAACAAAGUUGGAACUGCAAUUAUUGUAUGUAUGUUGCCUCAUUUUAAGGAAUGCACUUCUUUAUUCUAGUUUUGAUAUACAACAUGGAUUUCUUAAUAUCAAAAGUUAAUAGGCAAUUUGUAGGCAAGUGUAUUCAAUGGUAGGGCUACAUCUUUGCUUUGCUCAAAAUUGGGAUUGCUGCUAAGCACUAGCCUUGAGUAGAUAUAUGUAAAAUUUCCAACUUAUAGAAAGUUAAAGCAUUUCCAACUUUGUUUAAUAAAACUGAUUUAUUUGCUAUCAUUAAUGAAAGUUUUAUAUUAGGUAUAUGUCAUUGAUAAUUAUAUUGCAAAGCACAUAACCAUAAGUUAGUGCACUGGUCAUAUGAAAAGUAUUAGUGAGUGUCGGUAAGAAUACCUAGAUUAUAUACUUGGGCCGCAAAAAUGUCUUUUUUGUUAUAUUGUUUCAUAAUUUUUUUAUAAAAUGGUUGUUUAGCAAACCUUUAGUUGGAAAAUUGUUAUAAUGCUCUUGGCCGAAGGUCCGGCAAUAAUAGUUACCCUCAUCGGUUAUUUUUUAGUGAUAAGAAAUAAAUUACAUAUAACUAGCGAACCCCCGUGACUUCGUCCGCGUGGAUAUCAAUGUAAACUUUCAAUCCCUAUUUCACCACUUUAAGGGUUGAAUUUUAAAAGUUUUUGAAUCACAUUAUAUUUCGUAUUUUUUCAUGAUUUAUGAACAAAUUUUAAAAACUGUAACUAAAAAUGAAGGACUUUCCAUACAAACUUUCAACCCCUAUUUCACCCACUUCUCAUUUUAUUUUCGCAAUAAAAAGUAUCCUAUAAUCUUACGUAUUAUGGUCUUAAACCGUGCCAAGUUUCAUUUGAAUUAAUUUAGUAGUUUCAGGGUGACGCCCGAAUAACAAAAAACACGGACAGACAGACAAAAAUCGAAAAAAUAUAUUUUUAGCUUCAGUAUUAAUUGUUGAUUUUAUAAUGCUCCCCAACAAAAAUUUUCAAAAUAUCUUCAAUGUAGAUAAUUGGAUCUGCUACAGUUUUAUUAUAAGUAUAGAUAUUCAGUGACACAUUGCAAAAAGGGUGCCUAGGUAAUUGCAGCCAGAGACUUGGUAUUUGGUAUGGUUUUUCAAACCAAAUUUAGCAAACAAUGAUUUAAAUACAGUUAAAUUAAGCAUAAAAUAAGCUUUUUGGUUGUUGGUAGUUGGGUAUAUUCCUUUAACUAGUAUACGAUUUUUUUUAAUUACUCAUGAGGGAAUUAAAUCAAUUUAAUGAUUUGAUUUUUUGGAGGCAAUUUUACUAGGCAACCUAUUUGAAUAUUUUUUGUCAUUUCAUUCAUUUAUUUCUUAUCCCAAAUAAAUUUUAGAUGAGGCUAUAUAUUUCUUAUGCCAGAUUUUAUAUAAUCAGCAACUAUAUUAGGUAUAAUAUUUUUUUCUUGCCCAACUACAUGUUCAAUUUUUUUUAAUAUAUCAACUAUAACAAUACUAAAUAUGUAAGUCUGAUGUGUUUUAAUUGUGACCAUUAAUUAUUAAUUAUUAUUAUUGGUGGACAAUUUUUAGGUGAAAAAUAUAUUUAGUUAUAUUUUUUACUAUAAGACAAGUUAUAACUCAAUAAGACAUUUGGAUGUAAGUUAGUAAUGUAAUUUUUGAUGAAGGACUAAAGUUUAUUAGUCACUUGUGGCUACAUCACAAGGAGGCUUUAUGAUGUUAGUUGAUUGUGGAUAUAUUACUUUAGAAUCUUAGCCAGUAUUCCUAUUUAUUGUGAUUUGAAAAAAAAAUACCAUAACUUCUGUAUUGCUGAACUAUGUAAUAUACUUGAAAGUUUUAUAAAAGAAAACAGUUGAAAAUAAACCAUUACAUCAACAUUUACAACAUUAUGAGGAUGGGAGAGCACAAUAAUUUAUUCUGGAUUACUUCCUUAGGUAGAUUUCUUAUUGACAGUCCAUGUUUAAAUUAAGUAAUGGUAUUAUAUAGAAAUUAGUCACACUCAGGAUCUAAGUAUAACUAUAAAUGUCAGACAGUGUAAUAGCCUGACCUAAUUUACAUGUAUAUACCUACUUAUGCCAUUAUUUGACUGACUCCUUAUUAUUUAGAUAUCAUGUUAGUAUAGUUGUUUUAAAAAUAAUUGACCGUUUUUAUUUUAAAUGCGUGUCAUACGUAUAUAAGUACGUUACGUAUACGUACGAAAAAAAAUGUUAAACUCAUGUGAUUUUAUUAUCCAUCGUUUUACCAGAUUAGACCCGUACUUAGAGUUCAUAUGACGCGGCGUAAACCAAAAAUCAUUACUUCAAUCAAUUUAUCAGUGAAUUUAUAGGUAGGUAUUUUAAGUUUCGAAUUCACCAAAUUUUGUAUUUUAGCAUUGACAAUAGAUAUUUUCAGGUUUCAUGUAAAAAUUGGUAUAUUCAAAUUAAAAAAAUAUACAAAGUUAACAACAUUUAAGUGAAAUAGGUAAUUAAGCACUCUUAGGCAUUUAAUUAGACGUACGAGUAAAUGUAGCAGUUUUGUGUUUGUUGAUAUGAAUGAUGAAAAUGUACCUAAAUGAUAUGAACUUUUUUGUGUGAAAUUCAUGAAAUGAUUACAAUUAAAAUACUUAAUAAUAAAAAUUUAGAUUGAA